GGCUGGCCCUGAAUGAGAACUCAGACAGAGACAAAUAACUCAGGAGCGCACUCAUUAGAUUGGGCCAUUUUGAACUUUUAAACACUGUGUUGGACGUUAGGAAAGCCUAGGCUCUCUCUCAGUGGCUCAGUCUGGAUGCUGUCAUGGUUGCAGCAGCAGUGGGCCGAGCGGGCGGACUGUCCCAGGCUAUCAUGGCUGACAGCUCCUCUCUGGGCAGAGUGAGUGGCUCCACUGAAUCUGUGUCAACCGUCACCAGUGAGGAGUUUGUGCUUGUGCCGCCCACCGCUGGGGGCUCACUCUCCAGCUCCGAGGGGAGGCCCAGGCUCAAGAUGUCGUGGAACGGGAGUGAGCAGCUGGAGCGGGCGAUGGAGGACGUCUUGGAUGAUGUUGGUGAUGGACCAGGAUCUGGAGAGGAGAAAGAAAGUCCUGCAGCGCUCAGCUCUAAGAUCAGACCACCCAGCCUGACUCUGGACACUGCUCCUCAUGAAGCGUCAGCAGCAGUUUUGGAGAGUUCGACAGAACCGGAGGAAGACAGCGUGCAGUUCAGUAAACUGUCCUAUCUCGGCUGCACCUGGGUGAAGGCCCCUCGUAACGAGUCGGAGGCCCAGAAAGCCAUGGCCACCCUGCGGGCAGAGAGCGCCAUCCCCAUCCCUGUCACCCUCCAUGUGCCCAACGGUCCAGACGGUUGUGUCCGGAUUGUCGACCAGGCCACUGGAACAGAAAUUGCAUCUUUUCCCAUCUACAAGGUGUUGUUUUGUGCCCGAGGAUGCGAGGGAUCUAUUGAGAGCGACUGCUUUUCCUUCACCGAGAGCUACCGCAGCGCGGAGGACUUUCAGAUCCACGUCUUCUCCUGCCAUAUCAAAGAGGCCGUUAGUCGCAUCCUCUAUAGCUUCUCAACCGCCUUCAAGCGUUCGUCAAAAGCUGCCACAGAAAUGCAAGACCCGCCGUUGCCACUUUCCCAGGAUAGCGAUGUUUUCACCUUCACCGUUUCUCUAGAAGUGAGAGAAGAUGAUGGCAAAGGAAACUUCAGUCCAGUUCCCAAAGACAGGGAUAAAUAUUACUUCAAGCUGCGGCAGGGUGUACAGAAAAAAGUGGUGGUCACUGUCCAGCAGAUGAACAAUAAGGAGCUGGUAAUAGAGAGGUGCUUUGGGAUGCUGCUCAGUCCUGGUCAGAAAGUUCGAAACAGCGACAUGCACCUCCUUGAUUUGGAGUCUAUGGGCAGAAGUGCUGAUGGGAAGGCGUAUGUGAUCACUGGCACCUGGAAUCCAAACACUCCGGCUUUCCAGCCACUGAACGAGGACACACCGAAAGACAAGCAUGUAUACAUGACUGUGGCAGUGGACCUGGUUGUGACCGAGGUUGUAGUACAUGUUCGGUUCCUCUUGGAGGCACUAGUGCGGGUCUAUCCGGCUAACGAGAGGUUCUGGUAUUUUAGCCGGAAGGCCUUCUCGGAAACGUUUUACCUCAAGCUCAAACAGGGCACAGGGAAGGGCAGCCAGGGAGAUGCCAUGUAUGAAGUGGUCAGCCUGCAGAAACAUACAGAAUGUGCAGUAGGAGCACGUGGCCGCCUGCAGUCUCCCACGGAGGAAGAGGAACCAGAGGAAGAUAGUGACAGUGAGAUCUCUAGCGGGACAGGAGACGUGUCGAAGGACUGUCCCGAGAAGAUUUUGGAAUCCUGGGGAGGGAUCCUCAACAGAUGGCACGGAAACCUGUUGGCGCGACCCAAGGGUCUGUCUGCUCUGGUGAAGCCUGGGAUCCCGGAGGCUUUACGAGCUGAAGUCUGGCAGCUCCUGUCUGACUCCCACAACGAUCAGCCUCUGCUGGAGCAAUACCGCAUCCUCAUCACCAAGGACUCCGCCCAGGAAGCCGUCAUCACCAGAGACAUCCAUCGCACCUUCCCUGCUCACCAGUACUUCAAAGACUCCGGCGGCGAUGGCCAAGACUCUCUCUACAAGAUCUGCAAGGCUUAUUCUGUGUAUGAUGAAGAGAUUGGCUAUUGCCAAGGUCAAUCAUUUUUGGCAGCCGUAUUACUUUUACAUAUGCCCGAGGAGCAAGCUUUCUGCGUGCUGGUGAAGAUCAUGUACAAAUAUGGUCUCCGGGAUCUCUACAAAAACAACUUUGAAGAUCUUCACUGCAAGUUCUACCAGCUGGAGCGUCUGCUGCAGGAGCAGUUGCCGGACCUGUGGUCUCACUUCCAGGACCUGAACCUGGAGGCCCAUAUGUACGCGUCCCAGUGGUUCUUAACACUGUUUACCGCCAAGUUCCCUCUCUGCAUGGUCUUCCAUAUCACCGACCUGCUCCUGUGCGAGGGGUUGAACAUCAUCUUCAAUGUGGCGCUGGCUCUUCUGAAGACCUCAAAGGAAGACCUGCUUCAAGCUGACUUUGAGGGUGCGCUGAAAUUUUUCCGGGUCCAGCUCCCAAAACGCUACAGGGCUGCAGAGAACGCUCGGCGCCUGAUGGAGCAAGCCUGCAAUAUCAAGGUGCCAACAAAGAAGCUGAAGAAGUUUGAGAAGGAGUAUCAGUGUCUGAGAGAGAGUCAGCUGCAGCAGGAAGACCCUAUAGACAGAUACCAGAGAGAGAACCGGCGGUUGCAUGAGGCCAGCAUGCGUCUGGAGCAGGAGAAUGAUGAUCUCGCCCAUGAACUGGUGACCAGCAAGAUAGCACUGAGGAGCGACCUGGACCAGGCUGAGGACAAAGCUGAUGUUUUAAACAAAGAACUGCUCAACACUAAACAACGCCUGGUGGAGACUGAGGAGGAGAAGAGAAGACAAGAGGAGGAGACGGCACAGCUGAAGGAAGUGUUCAGAAGAGAGCUGGAGAAAGCCGAAUUAGAGAUCAAGAAGACCACAGCCAUCAUAGCCGAGUAUAAACAGAUAUGUUCCCAGUUAAGUACGAGGCUGGAGAAACAACAGGCGUCCACAAAAGAGGAACUGGAUAUAGUUAAAGCUAAAGUGAUGGCAUGUGAGCGCUGUAGGGAAGUGUUCAGCAAAGACGGACCCCUGCAGAUCCCGGCGGUAAGUCAGGACAACCGGGACACGGACCUGGACGAGGAGAAGGACUCGCUGAAGGCUCAGCUCCGAGAGCUAGAACUGGAGCUGGCGCAAACCAAACUCCAGCUGGUGGAGGCCAAGUGCAAGAUCCAGGAGCUGGAGCAUCAGAGGGGUGUUUUGAUGACUGAGGUCCAAGCUGCCAAAAACUCCUGGUUCAGUAAAACACUGGGCUCCCUCAAGAAUUCAGCCAGUAACCAGUCACCCUCCUCGCCCAAAGAGGGCCAGUAGGACUCGCCAAGGGCUUAACCAAAGGGUAGAGGAGCGUGACCCUUCCACUUGGCCAAUCAGAGUAGAAAACAAGCUCUAAUAAACACUACUUGCAACACAACAUGGCAAUGCAGUAUUCCCUCACAUGGACUAAUGAACGAUUUCCACGUGCAUUUAACAGUCUGUUAUGAUUUCCUAAGCUUGUGAUGCCACCUACUUGACAGUAACAGUACUACAGGGAUAAUUAUUACAUUUACCCUUGUUCAUCCAGUUAGUCACUUCUGCAAUGGAUUUUUUUGUUAGUAAACAGUCAGUUCUAGCAUGCAAGGACAUAAACUUUGACCUUUAUCUGCCAAUUCAAAGUUGUUGUUUUUUUUUUCCUCAGAGGGAAUACUGCAUUCUGCUAACAAUUAAAAGUAAAAAGUUUUGUUUUUCUUUAUAUAAAUAAUAAAUGUAACAGUUUUGUCAUAUAAAUGUGUAUAACUAAAUGUCAAUUUUUAUUUUGAUCUUGUACAGUUCUAAAAGAAAAGUGUUGCAUUAUUUUUUACUAUUUUGAAUAUGAAUGUGCUCUUUAUAAAUGUCAAAUGCCGAAAAGCACAGACAAAUUGGCCAUGUAUCACAUGACAUUCCCUCCGUCCGUUUUCACAGUUUUAAAUGGCUGUAAACUGUUUGGGGAUCCGUUUUGCUGUGAGCAGAUCACGUGAUUUAUCAGACGACGCAGACCUUGACGUUGUGGUCACACAAUAUUGACCUGCCAAGUCACACAUACUGCUUGUUUUAUGUUAUUUAACAGUUAGACAUGAGCAACUGUAAACCAGGUCGCACAGAUGUAUCGUUGAGAUCAGUGUGACUUCAAAGCCAUAUGGAGUCGAUCUGCGUUUCAAUUUUUUGUCUGCUAUUUGUUAGAAUGUCCAUAUUAAUAAUUUCCCUUAAUGUGUUGUAUUUCACAAAAAAGAGUGAAAUAAUCUGCAUGGCUCUUAUUCACACUAACAAGCCGUCAUAUUAUGAACAUGCUUUAUUUACAUUGAUGUAAAAAAAAAACAAACACAUUUUUCUUUUCUUUUUUUUUUUUUUUACUGUGAUUUAAGAUGCCAAACUAAUUAUACAAAAUAAGAAAGAGAUGUCAGUUUAAUAUAAACUAAUAGUGCUGUCCUGUGGGUUUCUCCGGAUGGUUACAGGUGUUUUUUAUAUAUCGUUAUCUACAGGACAGAAGACAUUGCUUCUGUGCGUCUGGUUUAUUGUCGGUUCAUCAGUUUCAUUGUUCCAGCCUGCUGAUGUCAUCUGUCUAAUAACUGUCCGACAGUAAAUAUCUGGUUCUUGAUCCCAUGUUUGACUACAACUCUGAUUCAUUUGAUUCACACCUUUCGUUGUUUCAAUAAACAUUAAUGGUAAUUAA